AUGCCGUCUUCUCAUCGAGGACUGAAACCCGUGUUGGCGGCCGCCUUUGCUCAAACAAACAAAGCGCCAUCUCUCCGGUCAAGGCGCGAACUGAGCUUUCUGGUCACAUCUUCGCCAUCACCAUCCUCACCGCGGCAUCCUGUUCAUCGCCAUCCACCCGAGCUGAUCCCGAUACCAAUCCCUAUCCCUCACCCCAAGCCAACCUUCCCACCAUCAUCCGUCUCACAUCAACAACAACGUCGACAUGCCUCGACGAAACAGGAGCCGGAGGCAGACCUCAAACAUACCCCCCUGUACGACCUCCACGUUUCGCUCGGGGCCAAAAUGGUGCCCUACGCUGCAUAUGCCAUGCCAGUCACGUAUCCAGACCUCUCCCACAAGGACUCACACCUCUGGACUCGCGAACACGCCAGUGUCUUUGACGUCUCCCACAUGGUGCAGCACAAACUCUCCGGGGAACUCGCCGAGGAGUUUCUCAUGACAGUCACUCCCUCGGCCAUCAACGAGUUGGAAAAACACCGCUCGAGUCUAUCCUGCUUUUUGACCGAGGAAGGAGGCAUCGUCGAUGACACGGUGAUCUCGAGAAUUGGCAAAGAUAGCUUUUAUUUUGUGACGAAUGCCGGUUGCCGAGAGAAGGACAUUGCGUUUAUCGACGAGCAUAUAUCCAAGUUUCUCAAGGCAAAGGGAGAAUCGGCGGACAAGAUCAAUUGGCAUGUCCUUGACCACCACGCCCUUCUAGCUCUUCAAGGACCCGAGGCGGCAAGCGUGCUCCAGUCACUCAUCUUCCACGACACAGAAGACGAGAGUCUCGACACGUCGCUGGAAACGCUAUACUUUGGAUCAAGCCGAUGGUUACAACUGACUCUGCCUGACUCCGGGAUGAACACGCCGUCCCUCCUCAUUAGCCGUACCGGAUAUACGGGAGAGGAUGGUUUUGAAAUUUCGAUUCCCCCCGAAAACGGAAACGCAGCUGAGCUGGCCACGAACAUAGCCCAAGCUCUGACCGCCGACAACAGCAAAGUCCGCUGGGCGGGGCUUGGGGCGCGCGACUCUCUCCGCCUGGAGGCGGGAAUGUGUCUCUACGGGCAUGACUUAAAUGAGAAGAUCACGCCGCCAAUGGCGGCGUUGGGCUGGUUGGUCGGGAAAUCUCGCCGGGGCGACAACCCUACGCCAGCCUUCAACGGGCACCAAAUCAUCAACAAACAGCUCGCUUCGCCAAAGACAAUGACUGAGCGACGGGUUGGAUUGCUCAUAGAAAAAGGCCCUGCUGCGCGCGAAGGGGCAGAAAUCGUCGAUCCCGGGAAUGAGAACCAAGUCAUUGGUCAUAUCACCUCGGGGUCUCCCAGCCCGAGCCUGGAUGGACAGAACAUUGCCAUGGGCUAUAUUAAGAAUGGAUUCCACAAAAAGGGGACAUCGGUUGGAGUCAGGGUUCGGAAGAAUGUGAGGAAAGCGGAGGUCGCUAAGAUGCCAUUUGUGCCGAACAAGUUCUACACGCGGCCCUCGUGA